UUCCUUCGUCCACGCAUUUGACCGCCUUUAAUUGUCCAAACCAGCAAACGGAAAAUAAAUAAAUAAAUAAAAAGAAGCAAUCAAUCAUCGUAACAUUCUCCGACCCCAACCUCCAUCGAUGCCGGCAAAGCCUCCGCCGCCGCGGCUCAUCCUCGCCGUCGCCUUUGUUCUUCUCCUUUCCCCGCCGUUAUCAUCCUCUGUUGACUUCCUCUACAACUCCUUCAACUCCGCCGUCAACGCGACGGACCUCGUCCUCGUUGAGGACGCUCGCAUCGACGCCACCGUCCUCCGCCUCACCAACGACUCGAACCAGUUCUCCUUCGGCCGCGUCUUCCACCCACAGAAGCUCCGUAUCGUUCCCGACCCGAUCAGUGACCCGACCCGUCUCUCCUCCUUCUCCACUUCCUUCGUCUUCUCCGUCCUCCCUGAGAUUUCCACCAGCCCUGGAUUCGGCCUCUGCUUCGUCCUCUCCAACUCCACUUCGCCUCCUGGAACUAUUGCGAGCCAAUACUUCGGAAUCUUCACAAACGCCACCGUCAGAUCCGUCGCGCCACUACUCGUCGUCGAGUUCGAUACUGGUCGGAACCCGGAAUUCAACGACCCAGAUGGGAAUCACAUCGGCAUCGAUCUCAAUAACAUCGAAUCGAUCGUAACCCAAUCUGCUGGGUACUACGACGAUGCCAGUAAUGGAAGCUUCGUGUCUGUCAAUAUGCGUACUGGGCAGAACGUUCAAGCUUGGAUCGACUUCGACGGAUCUAGAUUUGAAAUCAACGUCUCCGUUGCUCCCGCCGGAAUUUCUCGUCCUCUUCGGCCGACGCUGAGCUUCCGCAAUCCGGUCAUCGCGAAUUAUGUGUCGCCGGAUAUGUUUGUUGGGUUCUCAGCUUCGAAGACUACGUGGGUCGAAGCUCAGAGGAUUUUGGCUUGGAGUUUGAGUGACACCGGAGCUCCUCGCGAGAUCAACACGACGAAUUUACCGGUUUUCUUGCCGGAAUCUUUGUCAUCUUCCCUUUCCGCCGGAGCAAUAGCAGGGAUAGUUGUCGGUUGCGUUGUGUUCGUGGGUCUUCUCGGGUCUGGGGGUUACUUAAUCUGGAGAAAACUGACGGUCGACGACGAAGAAGACGAUGAGAUCGAGGAGUGGGAACUUGAAUUCUGGCCUCACAGAUUCAGCUACGAAGAACUCGCCGCUGCGACGGACGAAUUCUCCGGAGCUCGGCUUCUUGGGUCCGGCGGAUUCGGUCGAGUUUACAGAGGAGUUUUGUCGAACAACAACGAAGUCGCGGUGAAAUGCGUGAACCACGACUCGAAGCAAGGGCUCAGAGAAUUCAUGGCGGAGAUCUCCAGCAUGGGUCGGCUUCAGCACAAGAACCUCGUACAGAUGCGAGGUUGGUGUCGCCGGAAAAAGGAGCUCAUGCUCGUCUAUGACUACAUGCCCAACGGAAGCCUAAACCGAUGGAUCUUCGACAACCCUCAAGAGGUACUUCCAUGGCAUCGUCGCCGAAAGGUGAUCAACGACGUCGCAGAAGGGUUGAACUAUCUCCACCAUGGUUGGGACCAAGUGGUGAUCCACAGAGACAUCAAAUCCAGCAACAUAUUACUAGAUUCCGACAUGAGAUCUCGGUUGGGGGACUUUGGUCUCGCCAAGCUGUAUGAACACGGGGGAGCCCCGAACACCACGCGCGUGGUGGGCACACUCGGGUACUUGGCUCCGGAGCUGGCCUCGGCAGCUUCACCCACCACAGCCAGCGACGUUUACAGCUUUGGCGUGGUGGUUUUGGAAGUGGUUUGCGGCAGGAGACCGAUCGAGUACGCAGAAGAAGAGGACAUGGUGCUUGUGGAUUGGGUGAGAGAGUUAUACGGCGGAGGGAGAGUGGCCGAGGCUGCUGACGUGAGGAUCAAACAAGAGUUCGAGGCCGAGGAAGUAGAGAUGUUGUUGAAGUUAGGGCUCGCUUGUUGUCACCCCGAUCCCGCAAAGCGGCCCACGAUGAAGGAGGUCGUUUCGUUGUUGCUCGGGUCACCUCCGGAGGAUUUGUUGGCCGGUCUUACUCCGACCGCAGAGGCCGCGGAUUCCUGUUCUUGAGGUCUUCGUUACUCCUUUCAGGGUUUUUUUUGGGCAAAUAUGUUUGUAAUAUUCGUGGUCAGAUUUACAUAACCUUUGGUAUUUGAUUCAUGAGAGAAGAUACAAAACACAGAAAAUUACAGAAAUCGAAUGAUGUUUAUUGCCUGA